AUGCUUAUCAUUAGUAUUUGCAAAAUCAUUUUGGAAACCAUAAGCACAAGGUCUUUAGUCAUUGAGAAUUGUCUAGUAGAUCUGGUGUGCACUUGCCCGUUUGAAGUAGUGCGGCUCGCAUCUGUAUCUCUGCUUGAUGUCUACAAAGUUCCCAUUUCUCAAGAUGCAUGCAAAGCACUGGUACAACUGGCAGAGAAUAUGAUGACAGAGCAUCAGACAUUGACUAGGCUAAAAGCAGCAUCCAUAUGGCAGCUUCUGUAUUCUCGGUGCAAAGUGACGGUCAACGAUUCAAAUCAACUUUCCAUCACAGACUUCAAUCAGACACCAGAUCGUAUGGAAAUGUGGUUAAAGGCUAUGAAUCAAUUACUAUGUUUUCAGUUAAAAUGCUGCAAUGAAAGUAAUAUUUUGAACUCAGUUGGAACUGGAAAUACUUUUCAUGGUACUUUGGAAGCAAUUCAAGUGAUUUUCGAAAGUAAAACUGCAUCGCAUACAACUUCAAAGGAAUCGAUGGAAAACUCCAUUCAUCUUAUACUUUGUGCUCUUUCCAUCAGUUCCAAUUACAUCAUUCAACAUCCAACCGAAUACGACGAUUUGGUGCCGGAUAUUUCCAAUAAUGGUGAUACGAGUGAACGAGAUUUAGGUUCCGUCGUGUAUGCAUGUUGCUGGAGAAGUAUCAAGUGCUCAGCAUCCAUCAUUACACUACACACUUGUUUAGUAUCCAGAUUAGCAAAAGUACCUGAUAUUCAAAAUCAAGGAUUUGACGCAAAAUAUGCCAAUAUGUGUCAACAUCGGGCAGUAAAACAGUUGAUUAAUGUGCUUGCUACUGUGAGGCACUGGGGGGUAUCUCAGCAUUUGAUCAAAAACUUUGAAAUAGUAUGCUCAACGUUACAACAAUCUGACAAAGUCACGACAACUGAUGAGUUAACAUUGGAAUCCAUCCUUCAAGAGCAGAUUCAGAUAUGUCAGGAACCCGUUGAUAUUGUUCGGCAAGAUGAACGAUACACUGAACUUAAAGCAGUUCAUGUAAAGGAUAUUUAUGAAUUUUCCAAAAUUGAAGAGUUGCAAGCACGACUUGUUGAUUUUAUCAUGAUUUCUCGUAUUGGACAGCUUCGCCAAGCAGCAGGAAGAGCAUUGGCUACUAUUGUAUCUCAUUCAGAUCGCCCAAAAAUCUUGCAGAGUCUAUUGAAUGCCUAUACGCCCCAUAAUAAUUCUUCCAAUCAGAUACAUGCAUUGCUUGUGAGUUUUUCUAUUCUCACACCAGAAUCAAUGGACCCUCAGCGCGGAAAAGAAUUACUGGCUAGUUUUGCACUGAUGUUAAAGCACACUUUGACGACAAAAACAUCUGCAAUGUUAAAAUCAUGCCUGUCAGAAAUGUUUGUUUUGCUUAUGGAUACUUCCUGGGUUCAUGUAAUUGAUGAAAGUUUUUUGUCCAUCCUUUUGCUCACAAGACGCUAUUGCACUUUUCUUGAAUAG